AUGAGGAGACCACCUACUACCCUAGGGGCGACUACUUCGAGCCUUAAGAGUUCAGUACAGCGCCCUCCAGCUAAGAAGACCAAGACUUUAGGCCCGGGUGAGUCAUCCAGAGCUUCUGAGCCUCCAGUAGAUUCUGAGUUACCUUCUGACAUGUCACCGGAGUCGAUUACCAGACGUCCAAUGGUCACAACACAUCCCAUUGAGGGAGUCCCUCCCAUGGUAGCACCUCCCGUGCCUCCACAACCAGAGCAGGGCAAGCUCUCGGCAGAGACUGCACCACCAGUGCCCGCACCUCAGGCUACUUCUGCUGUCCCGCCUACAACUUCUACUAUUCCACCAGUCCCGCCUAUGACUUAUCCGCCAAAUUUAGCAACACCUGGGACUUCUGCCUUCGCCUCAGCCUGA